AUGGCAGACUUCUCGGAAUAUACUGGCCCCAGCGACGAAUGGACUGCCCUCGAAUCAACCCUCCCCGCGCCCACGCCCGGCCUCAGCGUAUAUCUGGUUGGCUUGUACUGGGGAAUCACUUGUCCCUUAUACGGUAUCUCCUUUUUCCUGCCUUCAAUCAUCAAGGAUCUUGGAUACACCUCGUCAACCGCUCAGCUCCUCACAGUUCCCAUUUAUAUUACUGCCGCUGGGGUUGCUGUUGGCGCUGCCUGGCUUUCUGAUCGCCACAAGCAGCGUUCUCCCUUCAUCUUGUUCUUCAUGUCUCUGAUCGCCAUUGGUUUCAUCAUCGUCAUUUCUUCUACCGGUCGUGGAGUUCCCGGGCUCGUCUACCUCGGCGCCUUCAUUGCUGUGGUUGGGAUCUACCCUGCUUUCCCUGGUAAUGUCACCUGGAUUAGUGUCAAUCUCGCCGGCGACUAUAAGCGUGCGGCCGGAAUGGCCCUGCACAUUGGUCCGGGCAAUUUCGCCGGGGUAUGGAUCCUCGGUCCCGUUUCUCCCAUGGUGAUAACUGUCAGCUCCUCUCUAGCAAUGUCAUCCAACUUUUACCGCUCAAAGGAUGCACCCAACUACAUCCUGGGCCAUACCUUGGAGCUGGGCUUCUGUAUGAUGGGCAUCAUCGCUGUCGUUAUUCUGCGCCUGAAGUAUCAGCGCAUCAACCGCAAGCGCGAGAGGCUUGAUUUGUCUCAAUAUGAUGUCUAUCAGAUGAACCGAGACUCAAUUUUACCGGAUGGAGGUAGUCAAUGGCUCGCCUUGUAUCGUUAUAUGUAA